AAUAUGAGUCUGAUGUAAUAGAGGAUCUAAUAGAAUAUGAGUCUGAUAUAAUAGAGGAUCUAAUGGAAAAUAUAAGAGAUAAUAAACCUAAUAUAAUAGGUAAUACAUCUUAUUUAAUAGAGGAUAUGCCUCAUAUAAUAGAAGAUAAAAUCUCUUCAAAUUGA